AUCAGAGCAUUGAAAACUUUGUGAUUAACAAGACUUCAGUGGUCUGUUUUUCAGCUUUACCAACCACAUGGGUAUCGAGGUUGAAGAGUCCAUUGCAAUGGAAAAGUCCAAUGGCAAUGGAAAUGCGUUUCAGCUUUGUGUGAAACAAGGUGAGCCAACUUUAGUGACCCCUGCGGAGGAGACAGAGAAAGGUCUGUACUACCUUUCAAACCUUGAUCAAAAUAUUGCUGUGAUCGUCCGAACUAUUUAUGGUUUCAAGUCAAAUGAGAAAGGAAAUGAAAAAUCGGGACAAGUGAUCAAGAACGCCUUGGAAAAGGUUCUUGUUCACUACUACCCGCUCUCUGGUCGUCUAACAAUAAGCACGGAGGGAAAGCUUAUCAUGAAUUGCACCGGGGAAGGGGCUGUGUUUGUCGAGGCUGAAGCAAACUGUUCACUAGAAGAGAUUGGAGACAUAACAAAGCCAGAUCCUCAGACUCUUGGAAAACUAGUUUAUGACAUUCCUGGUGCAAAAAACAUACUAGAAAUACCCCCACUUGUCGCUCAGGUGACUAAGUUCAAAUGCGGAGGUUUUGUUCUUGGGCUUUGCAUGAACCAUUGUAUGUUUGAUGGCAUUGGUGCUAUGGAAUUUGUAAACUCAUGGGGUGAUACAGCAAGAGGUGUGCCACUAAAUGUGCCGCCAUUCCUCGAUAGAAAGAUACUGCAACCCCGGAAUCCACCAAAGAUCGAGUAUUUGCACCAAGAAUUUGCUGAGAUAGAAGAUAAGUCUGGCACCAGUUAUCUCUACAAAGAUGAAAUGGACUACAGGUCCUUCUGUUUUCACCCUGAAAAGCUUGAAAAAAUCAAGAUGAAAGCAAUGGAAGAUGGGGCUCUUGACAGGUGCACAACUUUUGAAUCACUUUCAGCUUUUGUGUGGAAGGCUCGGACCAAGGCGCUAAAAUUUCUGCCUCAACAACUUACAAAGCUUCUGUUUGCUGUUGAUGGACGGCCUAAAUUCAGCCCACCACUACCAAAAGGGUACUGUGGGAAUGGAAUUGUGUUAACAAAUGCUAUCUGCCAAGCCGGUGAUCUAAUGGAAAAACCGCUCUCCUUUGCGGUGGGUCAAGUUCAGGAAGCAAUCAAAAUGGUUACAGAUAGUUACAUGAGAUCCGCCAUCGAUUACUUCGAAGCAACAAGAACUAGGCCUUCUCUAUCUUCAACACUUCUGAUUACUACUUGGUCAAGGCUAUCUUUUCACACUACGGAUUUUGGAUGGGGAGAACCAGUUCUAUCAGGGCCAGUGGCAUUGCCAGAGAAGGAAGUAAUCUUGUUCCUAUCUCAUGGAAAAGAAAGGAAAAGCGUCAAUGUGCUUCUGGGGUUGCCAGCUUCUGCCAUGAAGAUCUUCCAGGAACUUAUGCAACUCUAGAGUACAAAUUGUCUCAUCAUGUCCAUUUUAAAUUCAAUAUAUGAUGUUAUUUUCAUAAUAAUAUACUGUUGUGGUUCAAUUUGUUUGGGUAUGUACUGUGGGAAGAAACACUAAGCAUGGCCAAGUACCAUGGAGAGGUUGAAGAUCAUUGAAGCUGAAUUUGUGGUGACUGCACCAAGGUCUAUGCUAAUUGCAGCUAUCUUGGUUUUUAUUUAUUUUCUUUCAUUGUGGGGAUUUACAUGGAAUUUGUGUGGACAAAUUCAGUAUCAGUAUCUUGAUCCUGUGAUUUGCCUUUUAUUUGAUACAUUUUUAUCAAUGUGACAUGACUUAAAAUUGGUCUUAUCAAUCUGAAAUCUGUCAAUUUUCUUUGCCCUA